GACUACUUUCGGAAAAAACGAAAUUUUGCAGAAUCGUUUUUAUUUUUUGCCUGAGUGAAAGUAAAAUUUCAACAGCAGCUUGUCCUCUUCUAUAGUAAAAGGCAUUUUAUUACGGAACAUUACUCUAAAAUGACAAAAAAGGAACCCGCCGUAGAAAUAAUUUCCCUACAUUAAAAUUGUUUAAAGGAAAUUCUAUCAGUCUUCACAUAAAAGACGAAAAUAAUAAAGAGAAGUAAUUUUGUAACACAGGGAUAAAUACAGUAAAUAAUCACAAACAAGCACGCCCACGUUCAGGAAUGUGAAAAGUGUAAUUAAGAAUCGAUUUUUUCCGGUCUGAGAUUGUUGAGUAUCUAUUGGUAAUUGAAUGCGACCGUAACGCAGCCACAUUGAGAAGCUUCAUUAAACAAAAAAUCCCUAGUAGAAAGGAUAAAAAGGAAACUGCAACGUGCAGUAUGUUUAUGUCAUUUGUUUAGUUUUUAGUUUUUACAAGUUUCCACAAUUAAUUAAGGAAAAGCGGAAUGAGUAAAAGGAGUAGGGGCAAGGAAUCUGCCUCGGUUAGCACUAAGGGUAGCAAGGAGCAGGGUGGCCGAGUUAGGGCUUUGCUGACCAGGCUAAGUGCACACGACUUGGAGGGUAUAAAGGUUGUAAUACGACGACCGUACUUGCCAGAUUUACCAACAUCGUCUCCACCCGUAAUCGAGACCAGUUUGGACGAUCCUACUUCUUUAGUCGUUCAUAGAAGGGGUGAAGGAAAGCGUCCGAUAUUUGACAGAGAAGAGCUCGUGGUCAAUGUUGAAGAGCACUUAGAAGAGAGGAUCGUCUCGACGUCUCCGGUUCGCACGCGUGCACGCUCCGGGUCGCGAAGCCGUUCCAGAGAGACCUACAAACGGAGUUAUAGCCGAUCGCCGUCGAUAGAAUCUAGUCCGAAAAAAUUUAAAAGCAGCCAACCGUCAAAAAGUGAGCACUUUAGAAGGCGUUCCUACGAUGGCGGGUAUCCCAGAAGGAAGGAAACGCGUCGCGAAUUAAGCCCGGAACCCGGCACGUCGAAAAGGAGCAAGACGCCCGACAGAAGAGGACGGCAGUAUGGUGAUAGUCCAAAGCGUUACGAACGGAAACGUAGUCGUUCCAUCUCGCCCAAACGACCGUAUGAUAGAUCUAGUACGCAUAAAUAUUCCAGACCUCGCAGUAAAUCUCCGCCAGGAAAACGCAGUCGUUCGCCUUACAGUAGAAAACGAAGUAUCUCGCCCUACUCGAAGCGCCGACAACCGUCACCUCCGUCAAGGAAGACUCCAGCGAGGGACAAUCCGCCACCUGCUUCCAGCAAAGUUACCAGACGCAGUAGAUCGCCAGACGAUCGAAAUAGAAGGGGAUAUUCUUCUUCGCACAGAAGGCGCACUCCUUCCCCCUAUCAUAGGAGGCGCAGCCGUUCGCCUUACAGACCGCGAAGGCGCACGCGAAGCAAGUCGCCUCGACCCACCAAACAUUCCAGUUCGUCCGAGCUACAAAGUUAUGACGAAACUCACGCGGCGGAUUUUUACUACGGGGCGGAAGCGUUUUGGUAUCCAGAUCCGAUGCUCAGGCCUAGAUUUUUUCCAAGGGGGAUGAUUCCUCCGCCCGUCGCACUUCCGAGAGGAUUAUUUCGACCACCUCCGUACAUGGUCAGACCCUAUCUGCACACUCUACAUCCGGGCUUUAGACCGCGAACACCGGUCCGACCGUUUCGACCUGCGCGGCCACAAACACCCACGACAACUACCACCACCACAACAGCGCCAUCUGAAAAUCAGACGACUGUCAGUACGGCUACCUCGUCUAGUGUUGUAAUUGAGGAAUGUGAGCCUGAACCAGAAGCUGACAAUUCGGUUUCUACAGAACCCUAAAUGUAUUGUAAUAUUAUUUUGGACUUUAAAUAUACAAUUUUUUUCCUGUA